UCCCCUUCUGGCGGACACCUUUGCUCAGUGACGUCAGUCUGCCCUGCCUGGGCUACCACUGAGCUGGGAGCCAUGUUCUCCCUGCUAGCCCUCCCCUCGUGGCUCUCUGGCCUCCCCUCCCUCGAGUGGGGCUCCAGCCUCCUGGAUGCUCUCCUGCAAGGCUUCAUCGGGGCCUGCGGAGUCUCCGUCCUCAGCAGCCUCCUGAAGGUGUACUUCUUCGUGCGCUGUACCAAGGACCCUGAGCGGCGGCAGCUUGAAAAAGAGCGGCUGCAGUGGGCCUCGCUGGAGACCGUGCACCUGGCGGGGCUCGCCCUGAUCCUGACCUUCGUGGGGACCCGGGUGGCAGCCCUGGUGGUGCUGGAGUUCUCUCUCCGAGCCGUGUCCACGCUACUGUCCCUGGGCCAGGGCUCGAAGGGCAAGGAGAGGCUGCAGCUCUACCUGCUGUGCCAGUACUCCCUGGGCUGCGGCCUAAGCUGCGGCCUGAGCUUCCUGCAGGAGGGCGCCCCGCACUGUACCCUGAACCUGCUGCUGGCCCUCGGGCUGGCCACGCUGCUCUGCAGAGGGGCCCGGCGUCUCCGGCUCCAUGUCUACCGCCUCUAUGAGCUGCACAGCAGCCAGCGCUACUGCGGGCUGUGCCUGGGCCUGCUGGCUGGCGCACACGACCUCCCCAAUCUGCUGGGCCGGGCUCUGUCCCUGGCCUUCGCUGUGGGCGACCUGGCGGCCGUGGCUCUCAUCAACAGGGACUUUCUGACCACCUCGGAAGCUGUGCGCUUCUGGACACCGCUCACCAUCUGCUACACGCUGCUGGUCAUCUACAUGCAGGAGGAGCAGCGGCAGCACCCAGGCAUGCAAGGCCAAGUGCAGACGGUGCUGGUGCGCAUGGGUGGCCUCUUUGUGCUGCUGCUGACGGUGGGCCGCUGGCUGGACCUCCUGGGCAUCCUGGUCUCCCUGCUGGGCGAGUUCUGGUGCCUGGCGGGUACUCGUUCUCUGCUCCACCUUAACCAGGUACAGGAUUCUCUACCCCAGAAUCCUUCUGUGCCAGCACCAAGCCAGGCCCGGCCACCAGCAGCUGCCUCGCCACGGAGCACGGCCCCCUCCUGACCAGCCCCGGGAGGACUCAAGUCUGUCUGAGGCCCCAGUAGGCUGACCAGCGAGGCCUUGGCCUGGGCCACUGCCUGGAGGCAGAGGGCAGGGCUGGCCCCUGUCUGGAGCUUAGGGUGGGCGCUGGGGGCCCAUGGAGGGCAGGGGGCUUUCAGAAGGUGGAGACAUCAGGAGGCUGCAUGGGGUGGCCCUCCUUUGUUUCAGGGUGUACAGGGGCCACCAACCCCUCAGACCUGUGAUGCUUGGUUGGGGAGCAGGGAGAAGGGCUAUGUUCCGGCCUCCCUGCCCUUCCUUCCCACAGACAAUAAAGACAAGGUUUU